UCUCGCUUGCAGGGAGUGCGCCUGCGCUGAUUUCGUCAGCCGAGAAGGGGAACAUGGCCGCGCGGUCUCUGUGGGCGGCCCUGCGGCGGGUGCAGCGCCUCCUGACCUCGACUGCCGCGUCCGAUGGCAGGGGAUGUCUGCAUCCUUUCAGCACUGCUACCCAGAGAACUGCUGGUGAGGCCUGCACUUCUGAGGACCCUCCUGAUGAGCUUGGGCCCUCUCUUGCACAACGAGCCUUAAAGUUAAAAGCUGUUAAACUGGAGAAGGAAGUCCAGGAUUUAACAAUGAGAUACCAGAGAGCUGUAGCCAAUGGUGAAAAUAUAAGAAGGCGGACCCAGAGAUAUGUAGAAGACGCCAAGAUAUUUGGAAUUCAGAGUUUCUGUAAGGACUUGGUGGAGGUGGCGGACAUUUUGGAGAAGACUACAGAGUGCAUUUCUGAAGAAACACAGCCUGUGGACCAGAAGCUCACUCUGGAGAAGAUCUUCCGAGGGUUGUCACUUUUAGAAGCAAAGCUGAAAAGUGUAUUUGCCAAACAUGGCCUGGAAAAGAUGACACCCAUCGGUGACAAAUAUGACCCUCAUGAGCAUGAACUUAUCUGUCAUGUGCCAGCUGGUAUUGGGGUGCAGCCUGGCACCGUGGCAUUAGUAAGGCAAGAUGGCUACAAGCUUCAUGGCCGCACCAUUAGACUUGCCCAGGUGGAAGUGGCAGUGGAGUCUCAGAGAAGACUGUGAGUGAGCCACAAGGAACUGAAUAUCCUCCCAGAGUACUGUCAUCUAUCUGUGUUCCCUUUAUUUAUUAAACUAGGUUUGUAUUGUACAUGAGGUAUUUCAUGUAAUCUGUUGUGGAUUUAGUCAUAUUGGCUUUAUUUCUAAGAUACUCUAUUGAUUUAAUGUGACCUAUUUGGUCUCAUCAUCAGAAGUCCUGCCAUUGGGCACAUGAAUAAUGUAACAGGUGCUCCUAUGGCCUUUAUCAAAAUAUGUUUUAAGAAAAUUAUUUUUAAAUUGGUAGUCUGAUGGCUUUCAAUCCAAAAUCUUUUUAAAAGGUGGAAAUGCAUAUAUGUUAUGUAUUUGCAACAAAAUACUCCUUUUUAGUGAUCCCUGUAGCAAGAAUUGUAUAGCAUCUUGUAUUUUGUGGGACAAGAAGGUGGUAGGGAUUGGUUAAACAUUUGUGUACUUAGAUGAUAAAGCUUUAUAGUUGUAUGAAUUUAGAUAUUUGAGUUGAUUUUUAUGCGCAAAGAUGUUCAAGACUUCUUUUUAUUUUAUUUUCCUUUUAGCCAUCUUUUGUUCUUGUAGUUCAUGCCAGGUAGACCUUGUGUUCAAUUCCUUUCCAAUUCUCAUUUACAAGGGCUAAAGGCCCAGGCAAAUCUUAGAAGGCAGGAAGUGUCAAGAAAUUUAAGAUACCAGGUCCCUUUCAAACAAAUAUGGCCAAGAAACCUUGUGCUUUCUCUGCUGAGUUAUCUUCAAAUAAUUUUCAGCCUCCCUAGGUAUGUAUUUAUGCCAGGGAAACUGAGGUGACACCAGCAGCUAAUGACCCAAAUCUGUCUACAUAGGUAAUUUUACCCACAAUUUCUGUUUCCAUCAGCCCUUAAAUCCUCUGUCACUUUGUCAUAUUUACCUUAUGAUCCUUUAUGUGAUUAUGUCAGGAUGUAAUCAGGACAGAAAUGUUAGGUUCUCAACAAUUUCUCAUUUCAUUUACUUAGGCUGAAUUUUGUUUUAAUUGGUAUUCACAAGUUACUACCUCUUACAUUGAGAAGCUUAAUUUUCUAUUUUUCUUACCUGUCUUAUGUCACAUGUAUAAACAUUCAGCUUCCCUUUUAUGUACUGACCUCCUAGAGUUAAUGAGCCUAUAUGUAUAUUUUUUAUUCUUUCAGUCUUAACCUAUAGCUAGUGUUCUAUAAAAGAUUAAUUCAGUGAAUGAGUGAAUCGAAUGAUACAUCAGACUUUAGAAAGGAGGUCAGUUACGGAUACUUUUAUGUUAGAAGAGGCCUUGAUUAUCUAAUCUCGCCCUUCAGCUUCCUCUGAAGUAUGAAAAUGAAAUGAAAAUUUUAGUAGACUCAAAAAUCUCUGAAACUAGUAAAUUGAAUUUCAGUGAGAACUUGAAUAAAGAACAACCAGAUAUUAACGUCAGUCAUUUAAGAUUUAACUGUUCUAUGAUGAAUAUACAAAUAUGUCCCCAGCAGACAAUUAAAAGUUGUUAGAUGUCCAGGUUGUAUAGGUUUAGGUUUAAGUUAGUUACCCAUAAAGUAAACCCAUUCAUAUUAGAACUCUGUGACCCCAUCUGUGGAAUGGUAAAAGUUAUCCUCUUAGACAUCAGAUAGUUCUAACACACACGAUAUACAUGUAUCAACAAAGCCAUUCUUCACUGGGCCUUACCAUCCCCCCGAGAUUUAGACAUUUGAAAGAACAAAUACAUGCUUUUAAGAUGCAAACAAAAGACUGAUGGUAAGAUUUUAAAACCAGAACCUCUUGGCAUUUCACCAAGUGCACAAUGUAAAUGUAAUGAGUAGCCAGAUGUCACAAUAGUAAUGCCCUUUCUUUACCUUCAUUCCUUUGACAGGUGGUGACCAAAAAAAGUCAAUUAUAAAUACCUAUGUGUUCUUGAAUUACUUGCUGUCAUUAUCAGGAUUAGAAGACCCAUAAUUUUAGAUAUGGAAUAUUCUGAUUACCUGAAGAGUUUUCUGAUAUGCCUUGCAACGUCCUUUUGAAGGAGACAGAUUGAAAAUAAUUUUAGCUUCUUUUACUAUUUAGUAGUUUUACAGUUAAAAGUAUAAAUUUAGAAGAUGGAGUUAUAACUGUAGGUAUCUCAAAAAGUUGAAGGGCGUGCAGGAGCCAGCAUGCCAUACUAGAGUAUAGGCUUGGUAGGCAGAUUUGAGCAUAAAUUCUAGCUAAGUCACCUGUGUGACUUUGGGUCCCAGUCAUGUUUUUGUACUUGUAUUCCACAAGUCUUAGGGAUUUUCCUCACUGUCAUAAAGGAAUCAUUUUGAUAUUGUCAUAAGUUACUUGGUGCUCUCUCCUGGCAAAGAAUUUGUUAAAUGAGGAAAGGUUCUUAAACAUAAAGUAAAUCCAAAUAAAACUAAGGAUGAACUAUAAUGCUGAGAAACAACUUUAAUAAAACCAGAAUUGACAUCA